AUGGCAAGUUCCAAGGAUCCAGCCAAGGAUCCCAACAUAUCGGAGGCGCCGGCGCGAGAUGUUGAAUCCGAGCGCAGUAAUCAAGAUCCGGGAGAAUUCCUGUAUAAGUCUGAUAGAGCAGAGCUCACAGAGCUCACGCCGGUUGAAGCUUUCAAAUGGAAUGUGGAGGGUGACCAGUCACCUUUCCCUGAGGUUGCGGCUUGUGUGUCUAACAAAGAUGAUCCCACUAUCGCCUGCAAUACCGUUCGGGCCUGGAUUUUGAUGACGAUUUUCGUCAUCUUGUUCUCAGGAGUUAACCAAUUCUUCGGGCUACGCUAUCCUUCCCUCGUGAUUGGUUACGUUGUUGCCCAAAUCCUCGUGUUCCCUAUUGGUCGAGCUUGGGAAAAGCUCCCGAGAUGGACGGUUCCUCUUGGAAAACUUUCAUUCGAUAUUAAUCCAGGGAAAUUCACCAUCAAGGAGCACGCCUUCAUUGUGAUUUGCGUCAAUAUUAGCGCAACCACUGCUUAUGCACAAGGUGCCUUGGUGGCAAUCAUCAGUCCUGUAUAUUGGAAUCGCGACCUCGGAGCCGGCUUCUCUUUCUUGUAUCUUUUGACAACACAGAUGAUUGGAUUCGGUCUGACAGGCCUUGCCCGCCGGUGGAUUGUGUACCCUGCUGCCUUGGUCUGGCCUACUUCGCUAUCUUCCACCGUUCUUUUCCAGGCACUACAUGAACCCGAAAGCCGCAAGCCAGCCAAUGGCUGGACUAUCACCCGGUAUCGCUUUUUUGCCUACGUUACUGGUUUUGCUUUUGUUCUAUACUGGUUCCCAGACUAUAUCUGGACAAGUUUGAGCACUUUCGCUUUUGUGACGUGGAUUGCGCCUCAAAAUCAGAAGGUCAACACGAUCUUUGGAAUGAAUUCUGGAUUAGGCUUGAUACCUAUCAGUAUCGACUGGACACAGAUCAACUACGCCGGGUACCCUCUAAUGACCCCUUUCUACAUCACAUGCAACGCCUUUGCUGUGGUCGUAUUCUUCUACCUGUUCCUAUCACCGAUUCUUUACUACUCCAAUGUGUGGUAUAGCGCUUAUCUUCCCCUCCUUUCUUCAGGCACUUUCGACAACACGGGAAGCUCCUACAACGUAUCUCGUGUGCUCGAUGCAGCUUUAGAUUUCAGCGAGAGCAAAUACAAGGAGUACUCUCCCAUGUACAUCUCGAUGUCCUAUUCUCUGACCUACGGACUAUCAUUCGCUGCAGUCACCGCCAUCGUGAUGCAUACCUAUCUUUACAAUGGUAAGGAAAUUUGGGCCAGGCUGAAGAAUGCGCAACAUGGAGGCGAGGAUAUUCACCGUCGUCUCAUGCGCGAGUACAAAGAAGUUCCGGAAUGGUGGUAUGGAAUCCUCACUAUCGUGGUGUUAGGACUUGGUAUCCUGACGACCAGAUACUGGGACACAGAGCUGCCGGUCUGGGGCUUUAUCGUGGUUUGCUUCGGGUUGGCAGUGCUUUUGAUUGUCCCUGAGGGCAUUCUGCAAGGAACAACAAACCAGCGCGUGUUUCUCAAUAUUAUUACGGAGAUGAUCGCCGGAUACGCUUGGCCGGGAAAGCCUAUUGCUAAUCUAAUGGUGAAGUGUUACGGCUAUAAUGCAGUCAAGCACGGUAUGGAUUUCGCGCAGGAUUUGAAGCUCGGGCAAUACAUGAAAAUCCCGCCACGCGUUUUGUUCUUUGGUCAGAUCUAUGCUAGUAUCUUAGCAACAGCUACUCAGACUGGAGUCUUGCGAUGGAUGAUGGGACAUAUCAAUGAUCUCUGUGAAUCAACCAACAAACAGCGAUUCACAUGCAACGGUGCCAAGGUGAUGUACAACGCUUCCUUGAUUUGGGGCACUAUUGGUCCGCAGCGGAUGUUCCAGUCUGGACAGGUUUACAAUGGCCUUGUCUACUUCUUCCUCAUCGGGCCUGUUGUUACUGUAAUUGUCUACCUUCUUUACCGCCGCUAUCCCAACAGCUGGAUCCGCUAUAUCAACGUGCCGAUCUUCUUCAAUGCGGCGGGUAACAUCCCUCCUGCUAACACCACCCAAUACUCCCUCUGGUUUAUCGUUGGCUUCGUUUUCAACUAUUUAAUCCGCAAGCGUGCAUUUGAUUGGUGGAAACGCUACAACUACUUGCUUCAGGCAGCUAUGGAUACCGGCACUGCCAUCGCUACAAUCAUCAUUUUCUUCGCGUUGGGAUACCAUGCUGUCACUUUUAACUGGUGGGGAAACACAGUGGGGUCCAAUACGGCAGAUGCCAAUUCCGUCCCUUGGUUGACUGUUCCCAAGGGAAGCUUUUUCGGCAAAGGACCUGGGGAGUUUUGA